UUGCCGUUACCUCCUCCCUCCUUCUCUCUCUCUCUCUCUCGCCCUCUCCCGGGUGAUCGCCAGAACCCUAGCCGGAUCUGCGGAUCACUGUUUUCUGGACCCUUUCUUCUUCUCCUUACUCAGAGCAUCUCUAGUUUGUUUUAACUUCCUCGUGAUUCCGAGAGAGGGAGAGGUGAAGAUUCUGCAACAAAAGUUUUGAAUAUAUGGGCUUUAUGAUGGAAAGAUUGCUUUUUUACAGAACGGACGUAGGGCACUGACUCCAUUCGACGUGCAUCGGUUAUGUUGCUGAAGUAUUCGGGAAAAUGGCGACGGAUAUGGGAAUCAUGCCGAAGAAUCUGGAGGAUGAGUUGGGGAAGGAGAUCGAUUUCAUCCUCCGUAACCACCGCGAGAUAGGCGAUCGAGGCCGGGAGAGGGAGUUACUCCCGUACCGGAGCGGUAGCGCGCCGCCGACGGUGGAAGGCUCGUUCUUAGCAAUCGAUGGCCUCGUUAAUGGCCCCAAUUCUGUCGACGACCAGUUACGGAAGGAUCCGGCGUACCUAUCGUACUAUUAUUCGAAGGGAAACGUGAAUCCGAGGCUUCCUCAUCCGAGCUUGUCGAAGGAGGAUUGGCGAGUGACGCAACGGUUGCAGGCAGGGAGCUCGUCUAUCGGCCGGAUUGGGGAUAGGAAGAAUGUAGGGACUGUGGGUGAUGGAGGGAGCAAGCCGUUGCUUUCUUUGCACGCUGGAGCGGGGGCACGCCCGGGGAACGAAAGCAGUAAGCUUGCGCACAACAGUAUGCCGCGGCAGGCUUCGGCUGAGUGGCUUGAGCGAGGAGAGGAUGGUCUGAUUGGGUUGUCGGGUCUGGGGAUGGGGGAGAGGAGGAGAAGCCUUGCUGAUAUCGUUCAGGAGGAAUUUUGCCAAUCACCAUCCUUGUCUGGUCACAUUUCUCGCCCUGCUAGUCGAAAUAGUUUUGACAAUGCAGAUCAUGCUUCAGAAACUCAGGUUGUCCAUUCACAGAAUUUUUUGGAUGGCAUUGAUGUUUUGCGUUCUGGAUCAAAUAAUGGAUGUGUGCCUAGAGUUCAGAGUCUUCAGACAACAGGAGCAUCAAUCUCGCCUUCCUUUGCAUCUGCAGUUGGUUCCUCUCUUUCAAGAAGCAGCACCCCUGAUCCACAUUUGGCUGCAAGGGCUCCAAGUCCAGGUCUUCCUCCAGUACGAGCAAGAGCUUCUGUGGAAAGAAAGACUCUUGCAAGCACAAACUCUUUCAACAAUGUUUACUCAUCUGCAGAUGAGCCAGCAGAUAUUGCAGCAGCGUUCUCCACCCUAAGUGUUGCAAAAAACAGAGUGACUGAUGAGCACUGUAAUUUACAGCCCCAAGCACAACAGAAGCUUGGUGAUCGUGGUACUUUUCUUCAAGAUUUGUCAAACGGUUACAAUGAUCUUCUGCAUCUGCAGCAUAUGAACAAGUCUGAUACUGAAAUGCUGCGGAUGUCAUCUCUUCCUAGAACAAUGCAUAAUAAUUUGCUCAAGACGAAUGGAGUAGACCUCAAUCUUCUUAAGAUGGUUUCUGAUAAAUUGCCUUCUUUAGGUGCUCCUGGAAAUUCUGAAAGAUCCAAUGUUUACUUUAGAGAUCCAAAUGAUUUUUCUGCUAUAGAUUUGAAUGGUUAUUCCAUGAAUCAGUUGUUACCUUUGUUGAUGAAGAAUAAUAACUUUGGCACAGGUAGCAAAAACAUGCAAGACUGUAGCAGCAGGAACCAAGUAGGGAAUGGUCACGAGAUGCCUGUCGCGGACCCUGUGCAUCUGCAGUAUUUGCAAGGUUAUGCAGCUCAGGCUGGUGCAAGUAUGAAUGAUCCGUCAUUGCAGAGGAAUUACACAGAUGCAUAUGUACUUGAACUUCAGAAAGCUUACUUUGGGGCAUUGCUUGCUCAGCAGAAAUCGCAGUAUGGUGUAACUUCACUAGGAAAAACUGGAAACUUGAAUCACGUAUAUUAUGGUAGCCCUACGUUUGCUCAUGGCAUGUCAUACACUGGAGGUCUGUCACCUGAUUCUUUUAACCAUGGAAGCCCUUUUAGGCAGGUUGAAAGAAAUCCACAUUUCCUUUCUUCAAUGAGGAGCCAGAAUGGGCUGGGUGGAUCAUGGGAUUCUGAAAAUGGUGGACAUAUGGAUGGCAGUUACGGAUCUUCGUUGUUGGAGGAGUUCAAGAAUAAUAAGAUCAGAAGCUUUGAACUGUCUGAAAUUACAGAUCAUGUGGUUGAAUUUAGUGCGGAUCAGUAUGGGAGUCGAUUCAUUCAACAAAAGUUGGAAACAGCUUCAAUUGAGGAGAAAAACAUGGUUUUCCAAGAGAUUGUUGCCCAUGCUCGUUCUCUGAUGACUGAUGUUUUUGGAAAUUAUGUCAUUCAGAAAUUUUUUGAGCACGGUACUGAAAACCAAAGGAAGGAACUUGCUGAUAAUAUAACUGGGCAUGUGUUGCCUCUCAGCCUACAAAUGUAUGGAUGCAGGGUCAUUCAAAAGGCUCUGGAGGUGUUGGACGUGGAAUAUCAGACUCGGUUGGUUUUAGAACUUGAUGGCCAUGUUAUGCAAUGUGUUCGGGAUCAGAAUGGCAACCAUGUCAUCCAGAAGUGUAUAGAAUGUGUUCCUCAAGAAAGGAUCCAAUUUAUCAUCUCAUCCUUCUAUGGGCAAGUUGUAGCAUUGUCCAGUCACCCUUAUGGUUGCCGUGUCAUUCAGAGGGUUUUGGAGCAUUGCAACGAUGCAAAAACUCAACACGUAAUGAUGGAAGAAAUCCUUCAAUCAGUGUCUACCUUGGCACAAGAUCAAUAUGGAAACUAUGUUGUGCAGCAUGUGCUAGAGCAGGGAAAACCACAUGAGCGUUCUGCUAUAAUCGAAAAGCUGGUUGGCCAAAUAGUUCGUAUGAGCCAACAAAAGUUCGCAUCCAAUGUUGUUGAGAAAUGCUUGACCUUUUGUUCUACUGCAGAACGUCAACUUCUGGUGAAUGAGAUUCUUGGAUCAACAGAUGAAAACGAGCCUUUGCAGGCUAUGAUGAAAGAUCAGUUUGCUAAUUAUGUGGUUCAAAAGGUAAUUGAUACCUGUGACGACCAACAACUUGAACUAAUUCUGUCGCGGAUCAGGGUACAUUUAAAUGCCUUGAGAAGAUACACUUACGGAAAGCAUAUUGUUGCUCGUGUUGAGAAGCUUAUAGCUAAUGGAGAGAGGCGCAUGGGCGCAGCAAUUUCUCAAGCACCCUGAAAUUCACCAAGGAACAGGAGGAACUUGUACAGCUAAUGUGGCUGGUAUCUGCAGCCAGUCUGGUUUCUUCUCAUCUCACUUCCCGUCUAUUCUAUCUUUUUGGUAGCUGAAAAUGAGAUAGCCAAAAGGCAAUAGUUCUAAGGUUAAAUGUGUAUAUGGUAGGCCUGCUUAAAUAAGUUUCACCGGGCUGUGAAUAUUUUUAUUGUCUAUAAUUCAAAACAUGGACUGUAUGAUGGCCGUAUUAGAUUAGGAAUUGCAAGCAUAAGCUUAAGGUGUCCUCCCUUGAGAUACAUGUAAAAAUGUUACAGGUUGUAAAGAUGGCUGAUGUACCGAAGCAUAACUGUAAAAAAGAAGCUUCAGCGCAGGUGCAAAAUGGUUGUAGGGUCUGGUUUUUCUGUAUUAAUUAAGUCUGUAAGUCUUACUGAAUCCUAAAUAAAAAGUUUUCGGUGGUA